CCGACAUUUAGGGGGGGAGGGGGUUCUAGGAUUUUGUGACAGUUCAAAAAAUGGAAAUUUUUUUCUAUAGAAUUUUUGUGACAGAGGGGGGGGGGGGGCUAAAAAUCAGGUUUUUUGAUGGACGUCAUAAGUGAACGACCCUUAUGUUGUCUAUACACAUACAAAUUGCAUAUUUUAUAUGAUUAAUCUUAAGUUACUCAGUUCAUGCUAGUCGAGAUUUUAUACUCAUAUCAAUCAGUCUCGUUUCAAAAGCUGUCAAGCAAGAAAAUAUUCAUCAUUGAGUUCUAGGAGAAAUAUUAAUAUACUCCAAAAAUGGCCGAAAAUACAGAACAAAAUCCAAUGGAAAUCAUCGCAGGGUACGUCAAACAAUUACAAGAAAACCCAGAUGACAAUGAAGCUACAAUCAUAAUCACUAAAAUCAUAGAAACAUUAAAUCCAAUCGUUGACGAUGAUCCAAUAUAUAAAAAAUUGAGAGAUGAAGCGAUCGCAGUCUUACCAGAUGACUUUUUAAUGGCAAGUUGUGAUUAUGUAACGAGUUCACCGGAAGCAGAUACUAAACCAAAAAGUGGACCUAAGCGAAUAAUUGUCAAAAGUUUUAUUGAAUUAUUUCAAGUUUUUAAAUUCAGUUGUCAUGUGUCUUACGAUGACUAUGACUAUGAUAGUACACCGUAUACCAAAGCUGAUGAUAAAGUGAAGUUGAAACAACAAGUUGGUAAAGAUGAAGGAGGUCCGUCAUCCAAGGAAAAGUGAAAUGUGUAAUCAAUAACGGUCAAUAAAAACUCAUAUAUUGCUUA